GCCCAAUCUCAGCGCCACGCGGCGGGAGCCCCUGCAGCCCAGGCGCACCUGCUCUGAUCCCGGUCUCCGGCCCCGCCGCCGUCAGCUAUUGGCGCAAUCUUGACAAAGGGGCGUGAUCGUAGUCGAGGCCACGCCCCCAGCUCUGGUACUUAAAGGAAUUUGCUGGUCCGAGGGGAUCGCAGUGCCGCGGCCGGGCCUCGCGAGCAGAGUUGUCUACCGACCUUGCGCGACCCGGUGACCCCGACUACCUAGGUCGCUCCGGCCACCAUGCCGCGCUCCUUCCUGGUCAGGAAGCCGUCCGACCCCCGCCGGAAGCCCAACUAUAGCGAGCUGCAGGACGCGUGUGUGGAGUUCACCUUCCAGCAGCCCUACGACCAGGCCCACCUGCUGGCGGCCAUCCCUCCGCCCGAGGUCCUCAACCCCGCCGCUUCGCUGCCCACCCUCAUCUGGGACUCUCUCCUGGUGCCCCAAGUACAGCCGGUGGCCUGGGCCACCCUCCCGCUGCCGGAGAGCCCCAGGGCCGCAGAGCUGACUUCUCUGUCCGAUGAGGACAGUGGCAAAAGCUCCCAGCCGCCCAGCCCGCCCUCGCCGGCGCCGUCGUCCUUCUCUUCCACCUCGGCCUCAUCCCUGGAAGCCGAGGCCUUCAUUGCCUUCCCGGGCUUGGGCCAACUUCCCAAGCAGCUGGCCAGGCUCUCGGUGGCCAAGGACCCCCAGUCCCGGAAGGCCUUCAACUGCAAAUAUUGUAAUAAGGAGUACCUCAGCCUGGGCGCUCUGAAGAUGCACAUCCGAAGCCACACGCUGCCUUGCGUCUGCACGACCUGCGGAAAGGCCUUCUCCAGGCCCUGGCUGCUCCAGGGCCACGUCCGCACCCACACUGGUGAGAAGCCUUUCUCCUGCUCCCACUGCAACCGUGCCUUUGCCGACCGCUCCAACCUACGUGCCCACCUCCAGACCCACUCGGAUGUGAAGAGAUACCAGUGUCAGGCCUGCGCCCGAACCUUCUCCCGAAUGUCCUUGCUCCACAAACACCAAGAGUCUGGCUGCUCCGGAGGCCCUCGCUGACCCUGCUACCUCCCCAUCCUCACUGGCAUCUCCCUGGUGCCCUGGAGCUCAUCCUCCUCACUGCCAGGAUUCCUUCCAGCUUAAGUCCGGGGACCUGUGGAGUCCAUGUCUGGCCCCGGUUCCUGCUUGGCUCUCUUGGUGGCCUUUGCUGCAGAUGGCUGAUGGAAGGCAGAGUGCCUUUGUACCCUCCCAGAGCCUCCUGCCCUCAGUAUUCAUGAGGUGUAGCCUCUGGACACAGCUGCUUCGAGCCAUAGAACUAAAGCCAACCCACUGGCUGGGAAGCUUGAACCCCACUCAGGGGACCCCACUUCCCUACCUCCCCCAAGGACCCUUUCAGGCCACCUUCCUCGAGGUACAACAGACUAUGCAAUAGUCCCACCCCUCCUGCGUCCAUGCCUCGGCAGGGUGGUUACUGGACACAUGUCCAGGUGCCCCUAGGCCUAAGCAGCUGUUUCAGCCCCCGCCCCAUUUGUCCUGGGGACACCUGUCUCACAGCAGUUUAACUGUCUCAGAAGGGACCAUGAAUAAUGGCCGUCACUUGUUAGGGGCCAAGUGGGGUGCUUCAGCCUGGCCAACGUGUCUCCCAGAACUAUUUUGGGGCCCAACAGGUGUCCCCGGGGAGAAAGAUGUUUACAUUUUAAAGGUAUUUAUAUUGUAAGCAGCAUUUUGUAUAGUUGAUAUGUACAGUUUAUUGAUAUUCAAUAAAGUGGUUAAUUUAUAUACUAAAAA